CAACUCCCAGGCCACACUGCGGCUACAGCGCAUGUGCAAGUGUCGCCAAGUUCUCCCUCCUCGGCGGCCCGGCUGCGGAGCGGACGGCGUACGCGGGCAAGAUGGCGCUCACCAGUUUUUUGCCAGCUCCAACCCAGCUGUCUCAAGAUCAGCUGGAACUAGAAGAAAGAGCAAGAGCUCAGAGAUCCAGGCAGACUGCUCUGGUCUCCUCACGAAGGGAACCUCCCCCGUAUGGUUACCGGAAAGGAUGGAUACCACGGGCGCUAGAGGAUUUUGGAGAUGGAGGUGCUUUCCCAGAAAUUCAUGUGGCCCAAUAUCCAUUGGAUAUGGGCCGGAAGAAGAAAAUGUCCAAUGCUUUGGCAGUUCAGGUGGAUGCAGAAGGAAAAAUAAAAUACGAUGCGAUUGCUCGGCAAGGACAGUCAAAGGACAAGGUUAUUUACAGCAAGUACACAGAUCUUGUGCCAAAGGAGGUCAUGAAUGUGGAUGAUCCUGAACUGCAAAGACCAGAUGAGGAGGCAAUUAGAGAGGUAUUGUAUGCACUGAUGUGCCUAGUUAGCGAUGGUGUGCUUUAUGUCUUGCAAUGGGAUGAGAUGUACACUGUGGUAUUUUUUCCUCAGAUAACAGAGAAGACCAGAGCAGCCUUGGAGAAAUCAGUCUCCCAAAAAGUUGCUGCAGCCAUGCCAGUUCGAGCUGCUGACAAACUAGCUCCUGCACAGUACAUUCGGUACACACCAUCUCAGCAAGGAGUUGCAUUCAACUCUGGAGCGAAACAGAGAGUUAUUCGGAUGGUAGAAAUGCAGAAAGACCCUAUGGAGCCUCCAAGAUUCAAAAUUAACAAGAAGAUUCCACGAGGACCACCAUCUCCUCCAGCACCUGUCAUGCACUCUCCAAGUAGAAAGAUGACUGUCAAAGAGCAGCAAGAGUGGAAAAUUCCUCCAUGCAUUUCAAACUGGAAAAAUGCAAAGGGUUACACCAUUCCGUUAGAUAAGCGUCUGGCUGCAGAUGGCAGAGGAUUGCAGACUGUUCACAUUAAUGAAAACUUCGCCAAACUUGCAGAGGCACUCUAUAUUGCCGACAGAAAGGCUCGUGAGGCAGUAGAGAUGCGUGCCCAGGUGGAGAGGAAGAUGGCUCAGAAAGAAAAGGAGAAACAUGAAGAAAAGCUCCGAGAAAUGGCUCAGAAAGCCAGGGAGAGAAGAGCAGGGAUCAAAACCCAUGUUGAAAAAGAGGAUGGAGAAGUUAGAGAAAGAGACGAAAUCAGACAUGACCGGCGCAAAGAGAGACAGCAUGACAGAAAUCUCUCCCGGGCAGCCCCUGAUAAAAGGUCAAAGCUGCAAAGAAAUGAGAACAGAGAUAUCAGUGAAGUUAUUGCCCUGGGGGUACCCAACCCCAGACCAUCCAAUGAAAUCCAAUAUGACCAGAGGCUGUUCAACCAGAGCAAGGGUAUGGACAGUGGCUUUGCUGGAGGAGAGGAUGAAAUUUAUAAUGUUUAUGACCAGCCUUGGAGAAGUGGCAAGGAUAUGGCCCAAAACAUCUACAGACCAAGUAAAAAUGUGGAUAAGGACAUGUAUGGUGAUGAUCUAGAAGCUCGAAUAAAGACCAACAGGUUUGUUCCUGACAAAGAGUUUUCUAACUCGGAUCGUAACACCAGAGGCAGAGGCAGAGAUGGGCCAGUUCAGUUUGAGGAGGAUCCGUUUGGUUUGGACAAGUUUCUGGAAGAAGCUAAGCAGCACGGUGGUUCUAAACGGCCAUCAGACAGCAGCCGCCCCAAGGAACAUGAGCAUGAGAGCAAAAAGAGGAGGAAGGACUGAAUGCCUCUGCUCCUGGAGAGGUAGGGAAAUGGACUGCAAGCUUGGACUUCAUGCAAAAGGAUUUUUAAUACUGGGUGUACAGGAUGGCAUUGUAGCACAGCAGUUCACGACGCUGGCCCUGUGGAUACACACACACCAAUUCCUCUACAUAGGACAGCUACCCGAGGAGAGACAAGGCGUGGACACCACUUUGAAACAUUUCAUAAGGGAAUUAAUUAUUCUUUAGAAAGUUCUCUGACUUUGCUGAUUCCCCAUUGCCCAGCAUCUCAGGAUAAGAAUGUAGCCCCCUUCCUACAGCUUUAGGUUUUGUAGGUAGCUAAAACUUUGAUUUGAUUUGUUAAAGGCUUUCCUGCUGUAUAUAAUGAUUGUCUUAUGCUGUAUCAGAUGCUGGGGUGUUAAUGAUUCAGUGUUUUAGUGUGGUUAUUACAGUUUAUUUGAAUAAGGGAGGGGAAACAGCUGGAUUCGGUUUUAAAACAAGUACUCAUUCAUAGUUUCUCCAUAAUCUUUAUUUUAGUUUCUUUACAUUUAGUGAAAUAAAGCCUCCUUCCACCACUCA